AGCUCAAUGCAGCAACAAAACCAACAUACUUAGAAAAAGACGAGGUGGAAUAGUUGGUUUAUAAGACUGGUCUCAUUAUUCGGACGAGGACUGCACCAACAAUACUUACUUUGACGAUGUGGUGUAAGGUGGCAUCUCUUUUCGAGCGUAUUUUACUCAGCUGAAUUAUUAGACAUCAGAGCACGUAGUUUCUUUUCCUCUUAUCUCGCAACUUGCACAAUCCCAAGAAACGACAGGAAUCAGCUGGAGUCGAUUUCCGAUGUUCAGUAAUCGUGUUGAGCCGCGACGCGCGAUGGACUGUUGCGAUUAAUUUAUUAAGAGCUGUAUCAGUGUUUUAUUUGUUAUUUUAUUUUUUUUCUCAGAACUGUUGAGCGAACUGUCAGUUCAAAUUGCCUCUAAACUGAUGCUCAGAUCUUUCAAAGGAAGAAUGAUGGACUUGCUCUGCAUCCAAAUUCACCACUUGCUAUUCCAACAUUUUCAUUUUGGUUUCGAAACGAAUUCAUUUUUUCAGCGCAAAUACGCAGCGCCGUGUUUGAGAUGCCUCUAAAGAGCUCAGUAACCUCGGGAUUUUAUGACACAAUAUAUGUUUUGUACAAGUGGAGCCUGACGAGAGAGGCUGAGACUGAAAUCUGAACCUGACUGAAUGGGAAUCCUCUCUUGGCGCUCCCAGUGUCCGGUCUUAUCUGAAAAGGAGGAGAUAUUAACAUUGCCGGUUACUAAAUGGUUUACUGGGGGAUUUAUAAAAGGCAAAAUGCUGCUGCUUGUUCUGUUGGCCUUUUCCAUAUCGGGUUCAUUUUGUGACUCGGAUUCGGACCUCAGAGCUGAGACCUGCAGUGCUUGCUCCUGCAUGUCCAUCGAGAACGUCCUCUAUGUGAACUGUGAGAAAAUAACUGUGUACAGACCUACACAGCUGCAGCCACCGGUGUCCAGCCUCUACCAUUUAAAUUUCCAGAACAACCUUUUGUACAUCCUUUACCCCAACUCUUUUGUGAAUUUCACCCACGCAGUCUCACUUCAGCUGGGGAACAACAAACUCCAGAACAUUGAGGGAGGGGCCUUUGUGGGGCUUAGUGCAUUGAAACAGUUACACUUAAAUAACAAUGAGUUAAAAGAGCUCCGUGCCGACACUUUCCGAGGGAUCGAGAACUUGGAAUACCUCCAGGCUGACUACAAUUUAAUCAAGUUUAUUGAGAAAGGAGCCUUCAACAAAUUACACAAACUGAAGGUUCUCAUUUUAAAUGACAAUCUGAUUCAAAGCCUACCUGAGAACAUUUUCCGAUUCGCAUCCCUUACUCACUUGGACAUAAGAGGGAAUAGGAUACAGAAGCUUCCUUAUCUCGGAGUUCUGGAGCACAUUGGGCGGAUAGUGGAAUUGCAAUUGGAUGACAAUCCGUGGAAUUGCACUUGUGAUUUGUUACCUUUGAAAGCCUGGUUGGAGAAUAUGCCCUAUAACAUUUUCAUUGGAGAGGCUAUUUGCGAGACCCCUAGUGACCUGUAUGGCCGACUCUUGAAGGAGACUAAUAAGCAGGAGCUGUGCCCCAUGGGCACAGGCAGUGACUUUGAUGUGCGCAUGCCCCCCUCCCAGCCCGAGGGUGGGUUAACCAUGUCCAAUGUGGCACCUUCAACCAUAGCAACUUUAGUGACCAAACCACCCAAAUCGAUCAAUCCCUCUAAAAUGCAUGUAAAUGGGAUUGUCGCUGGAACUAGAAUCCCUCCCCUCUCCUGCCCCCAGCCCUGCACAUGCAAAGCUCAGCCUUCUGACUUUGGCAUUAGUGUCAGCUGUCAAGAAAGAAACAUUCAGAGUCUGGCAGAUCUUGUACUUAAACCGCCAAAUGCCAAGAAAUUGCACCUUAGUGGUAAUUACAUCCGAGAUAUCAGUCCCACCGACUUCCAAGGGUUUGAGGGGUUAGAUUUAUUACAUUUGGGCAGCAAUCAAAUAUCCACCGUCCAAAAAGGUGUGUUUGCAAAUCUUACCAAUCUCCGUAGGCUGUACCUAAAUGGAAAUCAGCUGGAGCAGCUGCACCCUGAAAUGUUUCUCGGUCUAAGUAACCUCCAGUAUCUCUAUUUGGAGUACAAUGCCAUAAAGGAGGUGUUAGCCGGGACAUUUGACUCCAUGCCAAAUUUGCAGCUCUUGUACCUGAAUAACAAUGUGCUCAGAAGUCUGCCUGCAUACAUCUUUGCUGGUGUUUCUCUCGCCAGACUCAAUCUAAAGAACAACCACUUCAUGACUCUGCCUGUGAGUGGCGUCCUAGACCAGCUCAAAUCUCUCACUCAGAUAGACCUGGAUGGCAACCCUUGGGAAUGCUCCUGCGAUUUAGUGGCUUUGAAACUCUGGCUCGAGAAGCUGAAUGAAGGGGUUGCUGCCAAAGGGGUCAAGUGUGUGUCUCCAUUGCAAUUCUCCAACAUUGAGCUGAGGGAGCUGAAAAAUGAGAUCAUGUGCCCAAAGCUCAUAGCCAGGCCUCCUUUCAUCCUGACCAGCGCCACCCCUGUCCUCACAUCGCUGUCACCUGCCGGAGUUGGCAAGGCACCUCCCAGCGGUCCUGUGCCCUUGUCUAUUAUGAUAUUGAGCAUACUGGUAGUUCUGAUCCUCACUGUCUUUGUGGCCUUCUGCCUGCUGGUCUUUGUGUUGAAACGGAACAAAAAGCCAGCAGGAAGACAGGAGGGACUCGGCAAUCAGGAGUGCGGCUCCAUGCCUCUCCAGAUCCGGAGGCACAAUCAUAAAUCUAACAAGAAGGAUGACCUGGGUGGAGAGACCUUCAUCCCGCAGACCAUCGAGCACAUGGGCAAAGCUCACACGUGUGGAAUUAGAGACUCAGAGCCGGGUUUCAAAUUUUUAGACUCUGAGAGACAGAAAAUGAUGUUGCGCAAUAGCGCAGACAAAGACAAGGACUCUCUGCCCCUGGACCCCAGGAAUAGAUUAAGCACCAUUGAUGAGCUGGACGAGUUCUUACCGCGACGAGACAGCAUGUUCCUCCACAACUACUUGGACAGCAAAAAGGAUUUCAACAGUAUAGGGGUGAGUGGCUUUGAGAUCCGUUACCCCGAGAAACCACAUGACAAAAAAAUGAAAAAAUCAUUGAUAGGGGGCAACCACAGUAAGAUAGUGAUUGAGCAGCGUAAAAGUGAUUAUUAUGAACUAAAGGCAAAACUGGGAACCCCAGACUACCUUCAAGUAUUAGAGGAACAGACAGCCCUCAGUAAAUUCUAGAACAUGAUCUUCACCUCCCCCGUAAUGACAAAAGUGCCUUAAGACAAAUCUUAAAUCUGACCAAUGGAAUACUGGACACGUUUCAUUACACAACACGUAACUCCCUUAGAAUCGAUGGCUUUGUUAAAAUUACUUUUUUUUUUUUUUUUUUUUAUGUUUGUGAUGCCAUUAAGAGUUAAGAAUCACAUCAGUCAGUAUCCUUAAAAAAUAUAUAUAUAAUAAAAAAGAAAUGAAAAAAAAAACAAAAACAAAAACAAAAAAAUCGUAGUUCGCUGCUAUUGAAAUGAAUUCCAUCAAAUUCCACUGAGCUUUGUUUUUACCAAAUGAUUGGGACAUGAAACGGUGUUGAGUGUACUUCAUAUUGACCCUUCUUCAUUGUGUUUGGUUGGAAGUAUUUUUAGGCAUCUUGGGAUGACAAAAACAAAUGGAAGUGGAAGAAAUGGAAGUUGACACAUGCUUGAAAGUGGUGGAAUACCCCAGACUCCCCUCUCUUGGAUUAUAUUUUGACACUUUUGGGGACUUGAAACUCUUGGAUUUUAUUAUAUCUGAAGGUACUGGCAGCCAACCUCCGUACAUUUUGGAUUAUUCAAAUUAUCUGUAAAGAGCCAUUUGAUAUCGUUCUACUGAAAUGUGAUUCUUCUCAAAGUGUUUGGUUAUGGCACCUGACAGGACAUUCAUGAACUCAAGAGAAACUAAACAGCUGCUUGCCAUGUAAGCGUAUAUGGAUUUAUUUUGUAAGUCAACAUUAUUUGUAUUUGUGGGGGAGUUGUGUAAAUUACAACAGUUGACAAUUAAAUUCAACAGUCUCAUCAAGAAAAAAAAAAAAAAUAUAUAUAGUGGAUUCAAGAAAAAUACGGAAAAUCAAAAAAAAAAAAAAAAAAGAAAAAAAGAAAAACAUUGAUGACCACUGUCACCUGUCAAUUCGUAGUUUAACUUCAUAUUUAAUUUAUUUUUCUAUGCAGAAUUAUUUAAAGACUAUUGGUACUAUUUAACAAUUUCAAGGGACAUUUUGAAUGCUCUAGUGAUACAGGCAAGCUCUGAAUCGAAAAUUCUUUUCUGACCUGAGUUACAUUCUGAAUUCCGCUGGUGGCUGACCAACAGAGGCAUACAGAUGACGGUGAUGUCAUUUUCACUGUCACGUUGCACGAGGUGAGGCUUCCUAGUGUAUCACGUCUAACCGUUUGCUUAUUCUUAUAUCCCAGAGCAACUUGUAAAAGGUUUCUUAUUAACAAUAUGCAACCAAAUAAGUGUGCAUUAACGUGAUAUGAUUCUGGAUAGUACAAACGCAUUGUGGGAAUUAAGUUCUAAUUGGCUGUAAUUUACUGGACUCCUGGAGAGAAUUGUCUUCUUUGUGACUUAAUUCGCCGUAUGAAAAAGGCUACAGAUUUGGUCAGAAUCAUAUCACUUUUCAUGUGCAAUAUUAUUAUGCUCAAUCAUAUUAGCUUGAAAUCUUUGUUUUGUUUUUUUGUUCAAAUUAAUAUUACAGAAAGAGAAAGCUUUUUUUUUUUUUUUUUUUAAGAAGAAAAGGCUUAAUUUCAUUCAGUCUUUACUUAAAAAUAUUAAGUUAACGAUUGUUUAAAAUAGAAUGUACCAUGAGAGAUAAAAAUAAAUACAAUUUUAUAUCAGUCAUGAGAAAUCUGUAUAUUGGUUAUUAAUUUCAUUGUGCAAUCCUGUUGAGGUCAAGGUAUUAAAAGCCAAUAUAAUUUGCUCUGUCUUUUCUUUCUUUCUGCUUUUUUUUUUUUUUUUUUUUUCUAUUUACAGAAGUGUUAUAAUGUUUUGUUGAUCGUUAAAGUUGCUUCUCAAAUAAAAGGCCCUGAAUGCUCUUAC